AUUGUUUCCCUUGUGAUUACUCGAAUAAACGCAUUCUUUUACAACUCUAGACCUUUGUCGACCUGCUUGUUAGCACUAAAACUACACCUUUCGAUGGGAGAAGCUGCACCUGUAAUCGUUACGAAUGGUGCAAACAACACCAGCAACUCAUGCUCCGCCGAAACAUCGCCACCUCCAGCCCAGGAAGACAAGCCUCCUAUAGCACGGUCUAAUGAGCUUUCCGUUUCCAACACCCAUGAUUUGCCGGCUCUAGAAAAGCAGGCAACAUAUCAUAUCCUCUCCUCGCACGACGUUGCUGAACAACUAAAGUCUGACAUUUGCAAUGGAUUGACUUCUCAGGACGCCGCCGCAAGGCUUUCUCAACACGGCCCCAACUCCAUCAAGGGAGCCAAGGGUCUCUCUCUAUGGGAGAUCUUUCUGCAACAGGUCGCCAACGCCUUGACUGUCGUACUCAUUGCGGUGACUGCCCUUUCAUUUGCCAUUCAUGACUACGUCGAGGGUGGUGUCGUUCUGGCAGUCAUCAUUCUCAACAUCGCCGUGGGUCUCAUCCAGGAUUACCGUGCCGAGCAGACCAUCCAGUCUCUAUAUGCCCUGUCCACCCCAAAGUGCAAAGUAAUCCGAGAUGGCCAAAGCGACACUGUAAAGGCCGAAACACUGGUAGUUGGUGAUCUUGUGUCCCUUGCCACAGGUGAUAUCGUACCGGCCGACCUACGUCUCGUGCAAGGUAUCAACCUGUCCACUGAUGAAGCCCAUCUCACCGGUGAAUCUGUCGCAAUCAAUAAGCAGCCAGAUGCUGUGUUUAACAACGCAGACAUGCCUGUUGGUGACCGCCUCAACCUUGUCUUCUCUGGUAGUUCUGUUACACGCGGUCGUGCUACUGGUAUCGUCAUCUCCACUGGUAUGAACACCGAGGUCGGCCAGAUUGCUGAGCUUCUCAGGCAAAAGAAAAAGGUACGCCCUGAGGGUAGCUUUCUCAGCCGCUGCCUGUAUGACCUGCAACAAUUCUUCCGCAGCAUUCUUGGACUGGAGGGCACGCCUCUACAGGUCACCCUAAGCAAAUUUGCCCUUCUCCUCUUCGCAUUUGCCAUUCUACUCGCAGUCAUUGUCUUUUCCGUCAGUAUGUGGAGGAUCAAUGAUGAUGUCCUUCUUUAUGGAAUCUGCGUUGGUGUGGCAGUCAUCCCAGAAUCGCUUUUGGCAGUUCUUACUGUCACAAUGGCAGUGGCAACAAAGGCCAUGGUUAAGGGCAAUGUCAUUGUUCGACAAAUGCCUUCUCUGGAGGCUGUUGGUGGCGUCACCAACAUCUGUUCAGACAAGACUGGAACUCUCACUCAAGGUCGCAUGAUUACUCGAAAGGUCUGGCUACGUAAUGGCAACACUGGCAUCACCGAGGGCACUUCGGAUCCAUUCGACCCCAAUAGUGGCAAGGUGACGUGGUCCGCUCCCCUCUCUGGUAGCUCCUUUAGUGCAUUUCUGAACGUGUUGAAUCUGUGCAACAAUGCCAACGUUACCGAUGGUAGAAAAGAACCAGACACGGAUACAAGCAGCGUGACAACAGCCGCAGAGAAUGGCGGCGAGUGGCGCGCGAUUGGUGAGCCUACCGAAAUUGCACUCAAGGUAUUUGCCAUGAAGUACGGAAUUACAAAGGCCAACACUCAUCAGCUCAUCGCUGAGCACCCUUUUGAUUCUUCUUGCAAGCUCAUGAGUGUUGUCUACGGCAAUGAUCUUGACCAAUCUCGUCAUGUCUACGCAAAGGGUGCCAUUGAGGUUAUGCUUGGGAAGCUCAGUGAAUCUCAUGAGCUCAAGGUGGAGAUUCAUAUGAAGGCAGAAGAGCUCGCAUCUCAAGGCCUUCGCGUUCUCUGCAUUGCAGAUAGAACGCUUGGAGAAGCUGAAGACGCUCAUGACCGUGCCACUACCGAAACCGGUUUCCGCUUCCUCGGUCUGGCUGGCCUCUAUGAUCCUCCUCGCCCAGAAACUGCCGGCGCUGUCAAGCAAUGCCACGGGGCUGGUAUUGCUGUACACAUGGUAACUGGAGAUCAUAUCAAGACUGCAACAGCUAUAGCAUACGAGGUUGGCAUCUUGUCGCCUGACGUUCCACUGGGACCAACCAUGGUGAUGUCCGCAUCCAAUUUUGGCAACAUGACUGACGAGCAAAUCGAUUCCAUGGAUUCCCUACCUCUGGUUAUUGCUAGAUGCAGUCCUUUGACUAAAGUGAGGUUUAUCCAAGCCCUUCACCGACGCAAAGCGUUUUGCAUCAUGACCGGUGAUGGUGUGAACGAUUCCCCUGCUCUCAAGCAAGCUGAUGUCGGAAUUGCCAUGGGUGACCGUGGAAGCGAUGUCGCCAAGGAGGCGUCCGACAUGGUUCUGACCGACGACAACUUUGCAUCUAUUGUUACUGGUAUUAAGGAAGGAAGACGCUUGGCCGACAAUAUCCAAAAGUUCUUGCUGCAUCUUCUGACAUCCAACCUUGCACAAGUGGUCCUUCUUCUUAUAGGGUUAUGCUUCAAGGAUACUAAAGGUGUCGCUGUGUUCCCACUGUCGCCGCUUGAAAUUCUCUGGGCAAACUUGGUGACUUCUUCUCCUCUGGCACUUGGACUUGGCCUUGAGGAGGCUCAGGCGGAUUUACUUUACCGGCCACCCCGCAGUCUACGCACUGGUGUCUUCACCAAAGACCUCGUCAGAGAUCAGCUCGUAUACGGAACCCUCAUGGGAAGCUUGUGCUUGAUUUCGUUCAUGACAAUUGCCUAUGCAGCAACUGGACGAGGAUUUUACAGACUCCCACACGGCUGUAACGAAGGCGUUCAUGAGGUAUGCUCAACCGUCUUUCGGGCCCGUGCUGCCACAUUUGCUACACUAAGCUUCCUGUUGCUGGUAACGGCAUGGGAGGUGAAGCACUUCCAUCGCAGCUUGUUUGCCAUGGACGACCGCAACACAGGUCCCUUUUCUGUUUUCAAGACCAUCUUUCACAAUCGUUUUCUGUUUUGGUCUGUCAUUGGUGGCUUCUUGGCCACCUUUCCGGUCAUUUACAUCCCCUACCUCAACACAAUCGUUUUUAAGCACCGCGGCCUGACAUGGGAAUGGGGUAUUGUUUUUAGUUGUGUCGUUGUGUACAUUGCACUAAUUGAGGCUUGGAAAGCUACUAAGCGCCGAUUCAAGCUUGGAGUCGAAUCGUAUUCGUCGCCAACUUUUAGUGCUUAGUGGCCUUCAGGUAGGAAAUCUAAUGGGUAAUCGUAAGGAUGCAUGUGUGAGCUGGUUUGUUCGAACCAAGCUUUUUGUCCCAAGGAUAGCUAUUGUCGGUUUGGCUGUUUAGAUUGUCUUUCAAGUCGACCGCAAGUAAAAACUAUAUAGCAUUUCUUAAUCAGUACAACUUAUUUUUCCCCAACGGCAAUGCAAUGACAUGCUGGCGCAGGCACGUGGAGAGAAACUUGCUCGAGGUGGUCCAGGCACGCGGUGUCACCGCCGCCAUGGGCCCCAAAAGUUAAUUUAGGGCUAAUGCGGCUAGAUGGCGGCUUACAUGCUCGUGCUUUUGCCCUGUCAUUGGCUUCCCCGUCCUGGAUUGGCAUUGUUUUCUCUUUUCCUUGGGCACCUGGCGAUGGUGCCAUCAAGGUCACACGGCAGCGUCUGUCCAUCAAGGUCCCCAGGCUAGAGCAGCAUCAACACCACCAACUGCCAUGCUUGACCCCCCCAAAAGCCCUGAAUUUAUACCAGAUGUCAUCCAUUAUAGCGUAUUUCUUGCUUGCUUUGCCGCCCCGUCUGGAGUUUCCAUCUGACACACCGCAGGGGGGCGGUGGGAACGGCACGGGACGAGACGACCUAGCGGCGUGGGGGAUCUUUCUUCUCGAUACUUAUAUCUUUGCGCGCCCUCUUUUUUUCUGGAGCUAGUGGUGGUGGUUUUGCCAUCCAUCCUGCUCGUCCUCUAUGGUGUAGAUUUCG